GCCAUUGAGGAGCUAAGCACAGAAGGGUGCGGUUGGGAAGGUGUUCUCCUCUUAGAUGAGCUAGAUGAAGUAGACAGUAUGUUGGAUAAAUCUGAAGACAUGAAGUAGGCAGUAUGUUGGAUAAAUCUGGAGGUCUCUGCUAAGAAAAACUGAGAACUUCACUGUAAGUGCAAGAGUUUGAACAGACUGGAUCCUAGCAGAAAUCAGGAAGGCCAAGGAAAUGGUGACCCUGAAAGUAUUCUUGGGGCCUGGGGAUGUGAGGUAUGACAUUUAUAAGACGCUUCACAUAAAGAGAAAAUGGAUGGAAACUUAUGUCAAAGAAUCUUUCAAAGGCAGGAACCAGAAAUUAGAAAGAUUUUGCAAAAUGAACGAACGAGAGAGGAAGAACAUCAACAACAAAUUUUGUGAGCAGUAUAUAACUACAUUUCAGAAGUCUUAUAUGGAUGUACAGAAAUUCAAUGAGGAAAAAGAAAAAUCAGUGAAUAGUUGUCAAAAAGAACAACAAGCAUUGAAACUGUCCAAAUGUAGUCAGAACCAGACCCUGGAAGCAGGUUUUGAUGAACUUGGGGACCAAGAACUAAGAUAUGCUUUUUGGUGUAGAUGGUGAACUGAGAAAAAAAAAUGUCUAUGUUUAAAAGAGCCAACAUGGAGAAUAAUCUGAAGUACUCGUCUACUUUCCCAUCUUCAGAAAAAUGAAGCAUGAAAAAUUUUCACUUGCUGGUUAUAUAUAUAUAUAUAUAUAAAACAA